UGACGUCGGGCAGACGGGUAGCAUGGUCUCCCGGGAGACCGGGAAAGCCGUUCGCACUCGGAGUCGAGGUCUAGAUUAUUUUACUUCAGAACUCCCUCUGCAUAUUUUGAGAAAUUAUGGAUCGUCACAUCCCCAUGCACGCGUUACCUGAAGAAAUCCAAAAGAUGUCCCCUGAAGAAAAAGUUUGUAAGUACUGUGGAGUCAGCUAUCUAAUUCUUCACGAGUUUAAAGCUAUGGAAGAAAAAAUGAAAGCGAUGGAAAAAGAGAUGAAAUUUUAUCAAGGAAGUGUAGAUCGUGAAAAGAGACUUCAAGAAAAGCUACGGUCUCUUAGUCAAGAUUUUGAACAGUACAAAAUUGACAAUGAAUCCAAAACAGAAAGAAUUUGGGAUGUAAGUAUGCAGUUAAAAAGUCAACAAAAUGAAUUGAAGAGAGUACAGAAAGAAUUGAGUCAUUUGCAACAUGAAUUAAAUAUUAAACAGAGACAAUCACAAGCAUUCAGUCAAAGAUUGGUGGAGUACAAAUAUUUGUGGAAUAAGACUCUUUCAUUACUUACUUUUACUAAAAGGGAGCUAACCAGUAUUAAAAAUGAAGUAUAUGACAAUUUUCAAAACUGGACUUCACUGAAAGGAGAAGUUUUUCUACAAAUUAAAUCCAUAAGUGAAACAGCCUUGACAGAAAUAGAGAUAGUAAAGAAAAGUUUGACAGUGUCCCAGAGAAAUAAGAUGUGCCUUGAAGAGGAAAUGAAAAAUCUGAAAUUGUUGUCAGAUGCAGCCAUACUGAGGUCUCAGCAGAUUCAGACAUCCCAACAACAGGAAGCAAACUUGCAAACCAGAUGCCAUGACUUGGAAAAAGAAGUACUAGGUUUACAAUGUCAAGUAGAGGCACUUGGUCUAAAACAUCAGAAGGCAGUGACAGAGAUUGACAACUAUAAAGAAAAGCUCAUGAAUAAAUCUAAUGAAGCUGAUGACUGUCAAAGAGAACUUAGAAAACUGAAGUUUGAAUCCAUUAUUUCUGAGUCAUGGCAUACCAGAUUGCUUAAAGAGAAAGAGGAUUCUUUAAUGGCUUGUCAACAAAUAUGUAAAACUUUACAGGAAGAACUGACUGCGAAAGAAAGACAAGAAGAAGACCUAAAAAGAAGAAUUAACUUUGCAGAAAAUGAACUACAGAUAACCAAAACUCUUCUGCAUCAGACAAAGGAAGAGGUUGUAACGCUGAAAAGUGAAAGGGAAUUAAUGCUGAUUUCACAUCAGAAAAGCAUCGAGCAGCUGCAGGAAACCCUUAGACAGAAGCUGCUGAAUGAUGAUAACUGGAGAGAGAAGAUUGAAGCUGAACUUUCCAAGGAAAGAGCCCAGCAUUUAGUUGAGUUUGAGGAGCAAGCUCUGCUUUUUAAAGCAGAAGCUAAACUGGAACUUGAUAUUGAAAAGGAAAAACAUCAAGAAAUAAUCUGUAAAUAUAAGAAAGAACAAGAGGAACUAAAAAUGAAGAUACCUGAUUUAAUCGCAAGUGCUACUAGAGAUCUAAAGCUGGAAGUGGCCACCCUUGAAGAAAAACUCCAUGAAUCUUGUAUCCGACAUACUGAAGAUUCUGAAUCAAAGGAGAAAGAAAUUGAAAACCUUAAAAAUUUGGUUGCAGAAUUUGAAGCCCGCCUGAAGAAAGAAACUGACAGUAAUGAUUCCAUUUCAGAGGACUUGAGGAAGGAAAUGAAGCUGAAGUCAGAUGAGCUAGAUAGAGUAAUGCUGGCACAAACACAACUGAUGCAGCAGUUUAACCAGUCCCAGGAACAGAACACUUUUCUUCAGGAAACAGUGCGCAGGGAGUGUGAAGAACGCUUUGAACUGACACAGGCUUUGAGCCAAGCCAGAGAACAGCUUCUGGAGCUCAGGAAGCUCAGUGGAAGUUUACCUUUGUCGCCGUGUUCCCUUAACCAGGGCAGCCUAACCUCCUCUGCUGCAGUGGUCAGCAGCCGGGGAGAGAGAAGCCUUGCAAGACUGAACUCUGGAAAAGGAAUCAAAAUCCCCAGCCUGCAUGGAGUGUCAAAACCCACCACUGCCCCAACCUCAGUUCAACCCAAGAGGGUCAGCAGCUCAGGUUUGCCUACUUUCCCCCAGCCCCAUCCUCCCAGGGGUCGAGCAUCUUCCGUAAAUGAGACCAGACAAAGACUGACUGCCAUUCUGAGGAGGAGACUAAAUCAGCAGUGACUAAUCCAGCCAGGAGCAGCUCCAAGCAGGACACUUGGUACUUUCCAGACCAAGUCUAACUGAGGAUGACAGAGGUCAAAUUAUUAUCACAGAUCAAGAAUGCACGGUUAUAGAUAUUUUUAAUAGGAUAGUUGGAAAAACUAGGAAUUGUGAAGCCAUAUUUUCCAAGAGGCCUUUGAAGUUGCAACAGAUAAUGAAGUUGGUGGUAUUCCAGAGGGCCAAUUUCUAUGUGUCUAUAUUGGAUGUUUAGAUGUGUUCUCUGAAUAUUCCCUUUUUGAGAUCCCAGGUAAAAUUUUUCACCCAUAGCAUCUUUGCUAUUUUUUUUUUGUACCUUUACAAGCAGAUAUAUUUCCACCAAAAAUAGAUUGUGUUGGUUUUGUUGGUGUUUGUUCAUUUGUUUGUUGAGCUGAAUAGUUAAAUAGAUGUGAUUAGUAUUCCAAAUAGAAAAUAGAAGUACGUUAGUCCUAAAUUUGAUAAUUUCCAAAAUAUUUAGUUCAAAUAUUCACAGAAUUCAACAUCAUCAUAGAAACCUUCUCUUUUCAUCUUGCAAUUUAAUUGGUUAAUACAAUUUCUUUUUAGGCCAGAAGUAAUGAUAGGUACCCUUCAAGAAGACAGUCUUUCCUGUGAACCUGGGACCUUCUAGAAAAAGGGACACCAACUCCAAUUCAAGGACAAGGGGGUUUACUUUUCAAACUUUAGAGAUUAUUUUUAAAAACAGUCUGGCUGACCAUGUAAAUAUUACUUGGUAGAGGUAGUUUUUCUACAUUGAAUGGUUUUUAGUAAUCACGAUUAGAUUUUGAUUUGAGCCAUUGGGAAAAGAACUAAUUCAAGACAGUCUCAUAGAGGCACGUAGUGCUAAUUUGGGGGUUCACGUUUUAUUACCUCUUAAAAUGGCCAAUUGGUUAACAUAUUUUCUAUUUUCAUAGUGAAAAAUUAAAACCAGAAACCAAACUAGCUAUUUUAAGUUAUAAAGCUUCAGGCUUCUCCUGUUUCUUAAAACACAAGUCUUUACCUUAAGCUAGUGAUUGUCCAUCUUUUUUCCCCUUCAAGUUGAACUGCAUUUUUUUUUUCCAACACUGACUUUACUUAAAUGCUUCAUCUGACUGUAUCAGGGACAUCCAAGCUUUUUAAUCCCAGAUGAGAAUGUUAGUAACACAUGUCAAAUAUGGCACAUAAAACUCUCCUCUGUCUGGCUAUUAUGUUCAUGAGAGAAUCCAAAGGUACUUGGAAUCCCUCCCAUGUGCAAAAAAAAAAAAAAAAAAAAAAAAAAAAAAAAGUAAAGCUGCUAAGUAAAUUCAAGUUUAUCUCUAAUCUUUAAAAGGAUUAGUCUAAUCUACCAAUCGUGUGUUUUAACUUCAAAAAAAAAAAAAAAUUCCACAUUAGGUCUGCCGAUUUCCCUGACUAGUUUAAGUGAGCACAUCUUGUGUUAAGGCUUAGAAUGCUUAGUUUCACUUUACAGAGAUCAAUGUUCCUUAUAAUGGCAUUUGACAAGAGAACAAAACAGAAUGGUGGUGCUGGAGUGAACCUUAGAGGUCACCCCAACCAUUUCUUUACAAAUAAGGAAUAGAUACCCAAAGAAGCCCGACUUGCUAAAGAGGUACAGCUAGUGACAGAGCUAAAACCAGACCGUUAACCGACCCCAACCACUCCACUCACUUUCCCACUCAUCAGAGUUUCCCCAGCCUCCAUCAGGACUUUUGUCAGAAGCCCCACAUAGUAUUUACCUAAUAUUUUCUUUAAAUACCCUCGCUUUUUAAAUUUAAAGUUAUGUAAAAAGAAAGCUUGGCCCAAGAAAGAAUAAUUGUAGAGUAACGAGUUUGAUUUGCUAGGUAUAUUUUUGCUAAUACUUGAAAAUCAACAUGUAUCUGUUAAAAUUACAAAAUGUUGGUUGGUGUACCCCCUAAAAUCAUCGUGUACAAUGACAGUAGUACCCAUGCCACCCUCUGGGAACUACUGGACCAGACCUCGAUGUUUCUGACCUGGUAUGUGGAUGUUUAAAUUACAAGUACUCGUGACGUGAGGUAGAUGGAAGAAGCUAGAGAAAACUUUAAUAAAAGCCUACAGGAAAAUUCAGGGCAGCGGUUCUUUGCCAUCAUAUGAUACACGCUUUUCCACAGUCUCCCAAUUUCAGCUCUCUCUUCAGGAACCAUGGGGAUACAUUUUUUUCCUAAAUUAUGAACACAUUUAAAUUUGUAAAGAAGGUCACGUGUAAGCUUUUCUAAAGUGAUAAAGACUAUCAGUGCAAAUCUGGUUUCUUGGUUUGUUGUUAUACUCUCACUUUAUAAUAUAACAAGUCAAUAUGUAAAUAAUCUCUCUGAGAAUACAAUCACGGUAAGACUGUGUUAUAUUCCACAAGUAUAUUAGAGAGGUUAUUCCGUGGAUACACGACAGAGACAAUAUUGACAUUUGUAUCAAGCUAGACCACUUGAAUGGCGGCAUCUAAGCUAUGUGCUGGGAUUUUUUAGAGGAAGACACUUAAAGAAAAGAGAAUCGCACUAGAGUAUGUAACCUGGGGGUUAAGAACAUAAACUUCCCUUGAUUUUCUCACUGAUGAGCUAACUCCUGGCAUGAAACAGUAUCAUAUCAAGAGUGUUAGGGAGGCAGUGAAUACUAUGGCAAAAGAGAGCUCUCAAAUGCAUAUAAUGGAUAUUAAUUUAAAUCUAUUAGUUUUAAUUUCUCUAUAUACAUCUGUUUUCCAUGACCUCAGUGGAAGGAUUGAUAGGUGCAAAAAGAAAAGAAUAUCACAGAAAAUAUUCCUCAAAUAAUUAUAACCCUGGGUUUUUUUUUCUUCUCAAUUUAAUAUUGGUAGACAAAGAUGGGAGAAUUCUAUAGUUAACAUAGAUUUUUCAAGUGAUUUUUUCAAAGUCUUUUUGAAUGCAAUUACUGUAUUUAUAGUUAGUCAGAAUUACUUAAAAGUUAUAUUUUCUGGCAAUGGAAU